GGCACAAUUAGCGAGGGAGAUAUAGUGUCGUAUAAGGAUAGAGAUAAGGAUACGGAUCAAACCAAAAGCAUGACGAGUGAUGAAGAUUUGUGGCCGAAUGGCAUUAUACCCUUCAUGUUUCAUAAAUCUAUUGAUAAGGAUAACAAAGAGUUAAUAACAGAAGCGAUCAAACAUUGGGAGGAAAACACAUGCAUUCGCUUUCGACGCAAGAAUUCAAAAGAUGUUAAUUUUGUCCGCUUUAGAGGCGAUACUUCCGGUUGCUGGUCUUCGGUUGGCCGACAAUACGAGAAGAUCGGUCCACAGGAUAUUAGUUUGGGUUCCGGUUGUUUCAAAGUAAUAUUAGCUAAUUUGGUCACUCCGGCCAAACCCGAGGUGGGCUUACAAUAUGAAGAUACACGCAAUGAAGGCGAUGUAUACGACUAUAAAUCUAUAAUGCAUUACCCGGCUUGGGCUUUUAGCAAAAGUCCACUCAGUAAAAGUGUACUCGUGGCCAAACAUCCAUUUAAUCAGUAUCUUAUUGAUGAGGAUAAGGAAUCGUUAAGUUUUAGAGGCGUUAGUGGAGUUGUUUGCGAAUCUGUUGACGAAACGAAGAAAUUGGAUAAUAUUGAGCCUAAAUGUGGUGGAAAUAUAACACAAGAAGGGGUGCAUCACCCUCAAAGACACCAAUUUCUCAAUAGGAAAAGCAGCAGUCACAGUGAUCAUAUAGCUUAA